UGAACACAUAGGAUGUCUGAAAGUGUCGGCAACUGAACUCAACUCACAUGAACACACGUUAAUUUACACUACUGCCAUUAACGGCCAUUUCAACUACCAUAUAAUCUGUUUUCUAGCACCCGAUAAUCACAUACAUAUAUUUCGUGACAUUAUUUUCAAGAAAAUCUUUUUUUCUUUGCAAUAUAAUAAAAUAUAAUAUGGAAGGUCUUAUUAAGGGUUUGGUGAAUGUUGCCAUGGGAGGAGAAGAUGAUAAUCGUGACAACUCUGAAUCUCGUGAUGAACGAUCCAGAUCGUCUUGGGCUGAGGUGGUGUCUGGGGAACAAGAAAAUGAUGGUGAAGAUCAGAGGAACAAAAGGGAAAACAGGCAGGGGUGGGAAUCAAGUGGAUCGCGGCCUUCUAGGCGACCCCAGGAGGAAAACAGGGAGGAGUGGGAAUUAAACGGACCGCGGCCUUCUAGGCGACCCCAGGAGGCUCAGCACGAGGGGUAUGAAAGAGAUGAACACAGAACUGUAGAUAAUUAUAGUAAAAGCCAUCGCAAACAACAGGGGGAAGAGGAGAACAAAGAUGGUUGGGAGACUGUAGGUAAAAAGCCUCCAAGACAACGCCAACAGGUACGUACAGAUGAAUGGGAUAACUAUAAGCGCCCUUCCAAUGAACAAAAAUAUUCUGAGGAAAUUUCAUAUGGUGUUGACAUUGAACCCUCUGAAGAAGAGCUUAAUGACCUUUCAAAAGCCUGCAACAAGCUCUGGGAGCUUGAUUCGAACCGUCUAGUGCCCGGAAAAGACUAUCAGAUUGAUUGUGGUGAAGGGAAAAAGGUUUAUCAAAAGGAUGAUAUGGCAGAAGGAAGCCUAUUUUGCGCUUUGAACAGAGACAUUUUCAGGAGGCCUACUUUUGCUCGAUUCUGUUCACUUCUGGACAAUUAUAAUCCACACGUUGGGUCUAAAGAAGUUGUCACUUCUCAAGAGAAGCAAGAAGAAGUAGCAUUUAUAGAGGAGAUCAGUAGAACCGCACCAAUCAAAUAUCUCCAUAAGUAUCUGUCAUCGAAAGGCAUAAUACGUGGGAGUUACCAAGAUUUUAAAGCCAUGAUGACAAGUCUCUGGUUUGAUCUUUACGGUCGUGGGGGUUCAUCUAGUAGCUCUUCCGCUUUCGAACACGUUUUCGUUGGAGAAAUCAAACAACAAGGAGAGCAAGCUGUUUCAGGUUUCCAUAACUGGCUUCAGUUUUACCUGGAAGAACAGAAGGGGAGGGUUGACUACCAAGGUUAUAUUUACCCGAGAAGGCGUGGACAAGUUCCAGAUUCAGAGACUCAGUUGUUGACAAUUCAGUUUGAAUGGAAUGGCGUGAUGAAGUCAGUGUCGAGCACACUGGUUGGAGUGAGCCCCGAAUUUGAAAUAGCUCUAUACACAUUGUGUUUCUACAUGGGUGACGAGAACAAUUAUGUGGAGCUUGGACCUUACUCGGUGAACAUCAAGUGCUAUCGUCUCGGAAACAAUAUUGGAUCAGCUUUUCCUGUUGCCGAAAACUGAACUAUAUGUAAAAUGCUGUGAUGCUUCUAUUUUUUCAUCAUUGAUGGGAUUAUUUUGGCAUAGAAACAUUAGAUUUGCUUUCAAGUACUCAAACUCGCAAGAACUUGUGUACUAGUAUUUUUCUUCUGCCAAUGUACUUCUGUUUAUUUGAUUAUUACAAGUUGUUACUUUUGUCUUUA